CAUCCCUCUCCCCCGGACCAGGAUGCAACCUGCCCGGCUUUCGAGCAAGAUGGCGUCAGGCUGACACAGAGAGGAGGCUGCGCGGGGAGAAAAGACAAACUUCACAACAUGCCUGUUCUUCGUCCCGAGAACUGUAAAUCUACGCUCCACCCAGACAUGUGUUUACGCAUGAGUUGCCUGGUGAGACCUGCUCCCAGCACAGCUUGGAAAUCAAUGCCAUUAUAUCUGAUAUGAAGACAAAUGCACAAGAGGACAAGGAGGUGGAAAUAGUGUCUGACAGCCUGGGUCAUACUCAGGAGCCACUGCAGAGUCACACAUUCUGUCUGAAAAACAAUGCUGCAGGUCUGUCCUCAGAGGAACACGAAAACCCUUUAAAUGGAACCCAGCCGAAUCCAUUUGUAUACAGCAGUGUCCCCGCUGUUCCCCAUGCAGGCAAUUCAUUGCCUUCAGGAGCACUUGUUAAUGGACCUGGUUCACACCCCACCUCAGAGGUACACUGUGUCCUGAACAAAGGCCCUGUUUUAUCCAACAAUGUCCUGGAUGCCGCGUGGCAAGUGGAGAAGGACACGUGCCCCGAGGUGUUACCACCACCUAGUGAGCUUCAAUCAGACGCUUGGAAGAACACAGCGGGGCCGGCUGUAAAAACACUGGCCACACUGCCAGGUGUCAACACGCCACUGUCUCACUUGGAGGAGAAUGAGUCUAAACUGGCCUAUUCCACACUGUCAGGUGACGGUGCAGAGCAAAUGCACAUUAGCAAACCUCGGAUAAAACAGACAAUAGAAGCGGGAUCCCGACACAGUGCUGAAUGGUCACAAAGCUCCUCCGAUGAUAAUGGUGAUUUUGAAGUAAUCAGAUGGGAUUCAACAAGAGAGAGCUUCUUGCACAAUGGCAGAAGGCUGGAGACCAGAGUGACGCACCGAAGAGAAAAGCAGCACAAUACACAUGUAAAAACCAUGGCAGGCUCCCUGGAAAAGGUCAACAACAGUUUAAAUCACUCGUACAGACUUUUCCGUCCUGGUAAUGAUGUUGAAAAUGUUGACAUUGCAAACAAAGAUGAUUCUUUGGAUACAAAAUCAGGUAUUCAAUAUUCUGUCCUACCUUUCAGAGAUCUGUCAAGGAACAUAGUGUUAGACUCUGAGCAGCGUAUUUCUGGUGUAUCACGGGAAGACUCUAAUGAGGAAAAUGACCCUGAAGAUGAAGACGGUUUUCAUCAAAAAGUGGAACAGUUGAAGGCAGAGCAACUUGAACAAGAUCCAUUCUUCUUUUCAUGCACAAUAUGCAAUGUUAAUUUCAUGGAGAAAAGACAUUUCCAUAGACAUAUGAUGUAUCAUUUAGGCAAGCAUAAUCAGGUGAAGAGUGAGAAUGUUUCACAGGCCUUUAUAUGCAGGGAGUGUGGGCGUUUGUUCUGUGAUAGGAACUCCCUCAUGAAGCACAUCAUUAUUCACCAAGACAGGCUGGAAAAACUUAUGGGGAAAAUCAAAGGUCUCAAAAAUCCAGAAUUGGAAGACAGAGGCUCCACAGUGCCGUGCUCUCAAUGUGUAUUUGGUUGCAAUUGCCCGGAAAUCUUUGUCCAGCACGCCAAAGCAGGCGAUAAUCUGAAGCACUACUACUUUUGUGAGCAGUGUAACUACAUUACACUCACACAGCAGGCACUCGAACUGCACUUACAUGUCGCACAUCUUAAAACACACCAGCCUCAGUGCCGGAAAAUGACUCGUACUAAUGAUGCAGAGGGAGCAGACCAUGUACAGUUUGAGUGUAAAAUGGGGUUUUUCACCAGCACAGACAAAGGAGAUUCAGAAAGACAUUCUAAGAUGGAGAAUCUGCGAUCACGCUGUAAAAUUCUGGAUUACCAGGACAAAAUUGUUCAAGCAAAUCUGUCCAAAUCUGCUUUUGGAGAAACUGCCCAUUUUGCCCAUUGUUCCACUGGAAAAAGUGACAUUUACAUUCAGAAAUCUGGUGACAAAAUUUCUCCUCAGUUCAAGGGGCAUGUUGGCUGCACCGAAAACACACUGUCACCAUCUUUGUGGAGGAUCAGCAAACAUGGAAAAUUACUCCUAGAACCAGCAGGAAAAUUACAUGUGGCAACUGAUCUCACCUGUGUGGAAGAAGACGCUGAACAAAAUGGCCACAGGGCAUUUGGCAGCUCAAAGCAGGCAAACUGUCCUGCAACUGCAGAUUUUUUACUGUCAGCUAGAAAUCUUAAAUUAGACCAGAUGUUCUUUGAGGGUAGCAAGAGCGACCCGGAAAGCAGGAGCUUACCAAGCAAGCAAGCAAACCAAAACUCUCCAUCAAUGAGAAAAAUGUCAACACCUAAGCAUAACAGUAUUGACAAAAUGAAUGGUAGUAUAUUGCCAAGGCUUAGCCAGAGGCAUAAGAAACAUUCUGCAGUUAGGGAGUUGGAAAAGGGCUGUGAGGGCGGCCAUAACUUCUGUGAUGACACCAGAAGAGCUACAGGCAGCUUCUUGGAAAGCUCUGAGAAUGAAAGGAACCCGUAUGCUCGGAAGUAUUUCAAAAAGAGGCAAAGGUUUUCAGCCAAAGACCAAAGCCCCCAUAUCCUCAAGGAGGAAGGUGAUGGAGAUGAAGACUGCAGUGACAUAGAACAGCUCAUAAUCAAGGAGGAGUAUAUCGAAACUACAGUGGGUGAUGAUUCCCCAGGAUCACCUCGUAUGUCUGAGAGUGAUGGGUUCGAUGUUUUCCACUCGCAAGUGGUAGAACACAGGCCCUGUCCAUACUGCCCCGCCAUGUUUGAGUCUGGAGUGGGUCUGUCUAAUCAUGUGCGAGGGCAUCUUCAUCGAGUUGGCUUGAGCUAUAAUGCUCGGCACAUGGUUUCACCAGAGCAAGUGGCGCUGCGGGACCAUCAGCCACGAACUCGCAGGAGGAUCCGUACUGGCACAAGGAAAAUGAGAAAAGCUGUUAAGGCAGAAACCCAUGGAGAGCACACAUGUCCGCUGUGCUGGAGUUGGUUUGACACUAAGACUGGCCUCUCCAACCAUGUGAGGGGACACCUUAAACGAAUAGGCCGAUGUGUUACCAGCACCAGUAAGUCCCCACUGUGCAUCCUGAAUGAUCUGCUACAGGAAAAAAAGGAACAUCAGAACAUACUCCGGAUCCUCAACAAGGGCCAGAUCCCCCCACAACCCUCAGCUUCUCAGAAGGUCAUCAGCAGCAGCAGCCUGGUUCUGAUGCAUACUGCACUACCAGUGAAGAUCAAGUAUGACAUAAGGAGUCCACAUGCCAAAGGAGAUAGAUUUUUACCAAAACAAGAACCCAACGCCUUUCAAGAGGGGGAGAAGCUCCAGGCAGAAACGCAAAGAGGCAUCCAGGCAUCCUCAAGCACUUUAGUUGAACUACUCAAGACAAGACACGGAAGUAUGGAACUAACAGCAAGAAACCAGGAGGUCUGUGGUGCCAGGAAGCUCUGUGGUAUGACCAAAGAUUACAAGGAGGAGACGAGCUGGACUCACGGAAAAUUUGAUUCAAAUAAGAUGUGUAGUCAGUGUAACAGCAGCCUCCCCACUGACGUCAGUCUGUCUGGUCAUCUUCAAGCCUUUGCAUGCAGGAAGAGGAUUGCUGUUUUUGAAGAACCAUGCUAUGAUUAUAAACAGAAGAACCCAAGACCAAGGCCUGGGUUAAAGAAGAAGAUGUUCCCCUCCUCGAAUGCUCAGAUAUACACACUCACCUGCAGAUUCUGUGACCUGGUCUUCCAGGGUCCCUUGUCUAUCCAGGAGGAUUGGAUCAAGCAUCUACAGAGGCACUUCUUGCAGAACAGUGUGCCACGCUCAGGGAUGGGGAUGGUGGAGGUUUUGGGGUACGGGUCACAAAAAACAAAUAAGCAUGUCUCAUAAGUGCCCACAUUUCGAGUAGGAUUGUAUGGAAUGUCCAAACAAUCGCACAGUAUUCAUACAACUCAUUGUUAUAGAUUAAUCUGCAACUCCUUCUUGAAAUAUAUGAUGAUUAAUUAUUUAUUUGGACUACUUAAUAAUGGUAUAUAUUAAUGAUACUGAAAAUAUUUGUAAAAACUUUAACUUUGUUAUAGGAUAUUUUAAUUCAGUAUUUUGCCUUAUACACUUCUACAACAGUGGCAAAAGCCACAGCAUGUCAAUAUGAGCAAUAACAAGCUGGUCUGGGAGUGCCAUUGAUUAUUUAUAUAUAUAUAUAUGUCGCACUUAAAGUGUUAUGUGUUAUUAUGACAAACCAUUUUGUUAAGGAAAUUAGAAAUCUUGGAAAUCUUUUUCUUAUUAAAUAUUAAAAUUUUUAUUGAUUUUUUGCCAUUAGGACAAAUUUUAAAGGAGCAUUGCCACUGUUAUAUUGGAUAUAUACACUGAAGCUUUUCAAUGCAGUUAAUAUCUCCUUUUCUUAUAGGCCCAACAUUAACAUAAAACUUUUUUAAGCAGUGUACACGGGCUGUCAUUAGUGUGCUGAUGCUCUGAGCCGGUAUCAGAGAGAAUCUCUCUUAAUCAAAGUGACAUUGAAGAUGCUGCAUUAUGUUGACACAGCAUAUUCUGACAUUGUUUGUUCUUCUGCUUAACCUUCAACCAUCAGUGUAAUUUCUGAAACCUGGCUUUCAUCAUAGCUAACAAAACUAUCGAUAGGAAAACUUUUCAAUUAUAUAGACAUUAUAAUUUUAUAUACAUAUUGAUAUUUUAGUGGAAGCUCGGUUUUUCUGAAGACUUUGAUGUUGAAAUUAUUAAAAUAAUUCUGUAUACUUGAAAAAAAUACUCAUUAGCAAUCGGAACACCUCUGACCCUGAACAAAUGUUUUCUACAUUUCCACUGUUCCACUGCACAGUUCUAUAGUGAAGAAAGCACUUUGUCUUUGAUAUUUACUUUAAUUUUGUUUCAUUGCAUAUGUGCACAUUGUACACUGAAAGCAUAGCUACAGUUUGUCCUUAGCACGUUCUGUCAUCUAGUCUGCCAAAAAACUAUAUAAAAACACUUUAAUUUUAGGCAUGUCUAUUGUCUAUUGCAUAGGUUAUAAUGUUUCCUUUUUUGCUACUGAUUCAACUGAAUGAUUGUUUUGGAGGAGGCAAUUUAUGGUUCUGUUGAAGUGAGUUUUGUUAUAUUGACAGGUGUCCACCACAAUUGAAUGAGCGUAUGCCAACACAUCUCACAGUAGAAUAAGGCAAAAGUAGUUUUUAAAGAACACAGACUAAAUCUUCCAAAAUGAACAUCCACUUGAAUCCUAUUUAACACAGUUUCAACACAAACUGAACAUUACAGCCUUUAUGAAGGAGUGUUUAUUUAAUGACUGUUUUUUAAGAAUAAAUUAGUUUAUCUAGAUCUUCCUAAUAAGCUGAGUAGCACCAUAGGACAAUAUAGAACAUAGCAAACGUUUAUAUAAUAUAAGAACUUGAACGAAAUGAAAUUUAAUGAAAUAAAUAUUUGAUCUACUUUUCUGACCAGAAGUGAGAAUAGGUAUUCAUCUAUCUAACUGUUCUUCCAUGACAUUUUCAGCUAGUUAUGCCUGAGAUUUAAAAUGUGUAGUUAUGUAGCUUUCCCUAAAAUAAGGUGCUACUCCUAUUUUUGUCAUUACAAGUUGUUUAUAUUAUAUUUGUUUGUACUACAAUAAACAGUUCAUCUUCA